AUGGCAACAUACAGAUCACACGGUGAAAAUGGCAUAGAGUCCGGUUGUGGGGCCGGUGUUGCUCAAGCUACUCAGAACAAGAAUGGUACGGCUACGCCUGGCGGAACACCUUGGGUUGAACAAUCUCUCCUGCCAGUAGCAGUGAAACAAUUGCUGGAUGCUAAUGCCUCCAAAAAUGAACCAUCAAUCUCAAUCCAAGAUAUUGAUGUGAACAAUGUUUCUUUUAAUGGUGUGGUCCGGGAUAUUGUGAGGAACCCAACCCAUAUUCUACUACAAGUCAAAGAUGGCACAGGCACAAUUGAGGUUGCAGCAGUAGAGUUGGACAUUGGCACAUUGGCCUACCCGGUCCACCAUGAAAAUAUUGCCCAGCCCAAGAACCCCUAG